AUGCCGCCGUUCAGCGAGUACACCAUCGGCUGGAUCUCAGCCCUGCCAUUGGAGAUGGCCGCUGCCAUGGCCGUGCUCGACGAAGACCAUGGCAGACCCAAUCAGCAGCCUGCGAGAGACAAGAAUAACUAUAUGCUGGGCCGAAUCGGCCAGCACAACGUGGUGAUCGCCUGUCUUCCUGCCGGGGUGUACGGGACAACCUCCGCGGCAGUGGUUGCGAUGGAUAUGGUCGCCACAUUUACACAUUUACGCUUUAGUCUGAUGGUGGGUAUCGGCGGGGGAGUCCCCUCCAUACAGUAUGAUAUCCGGCUCGGGGAUGUGGUAGUGGGUAGGCCGCAGGGAACAGCAGGGGGGGUGAUUCAGUAUGACAGGGGCAAAACAACUCCAGGCGGACAUCUGAACCUCUCCGGCUCACUCAAUAAACCCCACCCAGUGCUGCUGACAGCAGUUUCGGGCCUACACGCCUUGCAUAUGAAGGAGGGCAACCGCAUACCGCAGAUCCUCGCGGAAAUGGCGGCCAGCCAGUCCCAGAUGGACGCCACUUUCUUCAGCCCGGGCCAGGAGCACGACCAUCUGUAUGCAGCCGAAUAUGCACAUCCCGGUAGCAAUAGUACGUGCGAGCACUGCGACAAGGAACAGCUCGUACAGCGGCCUGAGCGCAAGGACUCUCAGCCAGCCGUGUUCUACGGCACCAUUGCGUCUGGGAAUCAAGUCAUGAAGGAUGGCGUCACCCGCGAUCGACUCGGCCGCCAACUGGACGUCAUUUGUUUCGAGAUGGAGGCUGCGGGCUUGAUGGAUCACUUUCCCUGCCUCGUGAUUCGAGGAAUUUGUGAUUACGCAGACUCGCAUAAGAAUAAAGCCUGGCAGGGGUACGCCGCAGCGACGGCGGCCGCCUAUGCAAAAGAACUCCUCUGUAUACUGCCAACGACCGACAUACCCCCAGUUCCGCGUCUCUUCCCAAAGGCCGCUGAUCAGCUUUCCCACCCAUCCUUCCUCGCGACCAGGGAUUGGUAUGAGCGAGACGAAAUUCAGCUGGCGAGUUUGGUACCCAACAUCAAAUACCCCAACCAAGACGCUCUUGUAGCGACGUCGGUGAAAAGAGAAGAGGACGUGUCGAUCUGUGUGGACCAGGCUCUGAAUGAGUACUUCCCCGUCAAACCGACUCCUACUGACACCAGCAUUGUGCAUCUGCUUUCGCGGGUUUUUGCCCUGCCUGACAGUCAGCCCGCCGCGAGCCAUUGGCGCGUCCAGGCCACUGAGUCGCGGACAUACAUGCUUCGACAGCCACGGACGAUCUUCAAACAGAUAUGUGCUCAUUCUGACGUCCGGGAAUGGCUCGAGGAGUCUUUUAUGGAAUCACAACCGGCCUAUUUCAUUGUUGGCUACCGCACCGCAUUAAAUGCAAAACUGACCUGGGAGGAUGACGAUACCAAUCCUCGUUAUAUUUCUGGCGAGCGUAUCUAUGCAAUUUGUUACCGCCAAAUCAGCUUCCGGUUCCUCAAGGGGGCGGAGAGUGCAUUUCUUGCCGCAAGCAACUACUGGAAUCUCUUCUCUGAUGGACGUGGUGCCGGUAGUAAUGAAGAUUUCCUUAAUGUAGAUAUUCCAGACGACGAUGGCGAUGAGAAUUGGGGGAUGUUGGUAUGA